AACUCCGCUCAAAGUUAUUAUCGCCAUGAUUGCAACUUGAAAACGAAAGUAGGAGUAGGAAAUUGGUUUUGACUGUCGUAGAUGGGAUAAUCAACAGUCAUGGCUGAGGGAGGAGGUGAUAUCAGAGAUGACCCAAAGGAUAUAAUAAGAAGGUCAUAUCUGUACAUCAAAGAAAACCUUAUCACUCAUGGACUGCUGUUGGAUGAACUAAUUCAGUGUUCUGUACUAAGUGAUGAAGAAAAAGUAGAUUUUAAAGAUUUUAACGAAAGGAAAAUUGGCAAACUACUUAAACACAUCAUUAACAAAGGAGAAGAAGCAUGCAGAAAUUUUCUGGAAGUCUUAAAAAAUCCAGACUAUGGUAUCUAUCACAGGAUAGAAGAAGUACAGAGAAGAGAUUACAUGACGAUUGAAAGUGAAGUGGUCAUAAACAAAAGGCAGCUGAUGAGUAAAUAUGAAACACUUCUUGUGGAACUUGAGGCAUCCAGCAUUUCUGAUUUCCUGUUUCAAGAAAAGGUUUUUGACAUAGACACCCAUGAUGAAAUAGAUUAUGAAUCAAAAAGAAGGAAAAAAGUGAAGAAAAUUCUUAAAAAUUUAGAGAAUAAGUCUGAAGAGUGCUUGAAAGUUUUUGUCCAUGGAUUAGAAAUUACAAAACAACAGCAUAUUUUAGACGUCCUUCAGAACCAAGCGCAAGAGACAGAAAAAGAGACCUGUUUAGAGUGUGUUAGACUGAAUUUCCGAUGGAUAAAACACAACCUUCAUUUUGAGCUGACAGCUGAACACCUCUAUGCACAACAUGUCAUUGAUUUCAUCCCAGCUCAAGAAACGACAAAAGAGAGGGGUAGGCUGGUCAAAAGUGCAGUGAAAAGAAAAGAACAGGGAUGCUUCAGUCUUUUGAAACAUUUGGAGGAUACAGAUGAGCAUAUAUUUCAUAAAGCACUCCAGAUUUUGAAGGAGAGAAAGAAAAAUGGAAGAAUCCCUAUCAAGAGACGAAUUCGUGAAGAGGAGAUCAAACGUUACGAGAGUCAGUUAAAAUCUGAACUCCAGCCCAGUGAUUUAAGUGACAUACUCUUAGAAGAAGGAGCUCUCUCUCCAUAUGAACAUGAUGAAGUGGAGAAUAAGCCAAGUCGUAAGAAAAAAACUGAAAAGUUGCUCUCUCAUGUUAUCCAAAAUCAGGAGGAACUGGACAGUUUGGCCUACGCACUUCAAGUUACGGGUGUUGACUUUGAGGAACUCAUUAAAACAAAUGAGGAUGAUGACAUAUCUUCAGGUGUUGAGAAUCGAACCAUCAGACUUGUGCCUGUUGGAAAUCCUGAAAUUGCAGGAUUAUCUCUUGAGCGAUUUCAUCUUGAUGUUACAAUACAAAAUGAGCAAAAUCCGGAAUCUCCAGAACUUAAUUUAGUUGUUACAGUUUUGAAUGAAAACCCCAAUGUUAAAAUUCAAGUAACAGGCCAGACACAUAUGGCACUAAAAGGAGCAUUUUCUGGGUCAAUAAUCCUUAGUCUACAACCGCUAACUGAUGCUGCCAUAAAUGACUUUUUGGCUGAGGAUGGAGCUCGGAUAAAAACAGUGGUGGAGUCCUUGCUGUUGCGGAUAGGACCAGAAAAACUUGAUGGUCAAACCCUGAAUGUGGAAGUCUCCAGAAAAGCAUUAAGCCAGGGAGAAAAGGAAAUUCGAUCAAGAAAACCUGAAGAUGUGUUGCGUCGAAAAAUAAGGGAACAGUGGCAUAUUUUUACUGAUGAACUGGAACCCUCUCAAAUGGUCACCUUCUUCAUGAAUAAAGGACUUUUUGAUGAAUCCGAUGGAACAAAGAUUGAGAAAGCAAAAGGCAGGAAAAGAAAGAUAGAGGAAGCCCUACAUAUCAUUCUUGGUUUUCCCAAUGACAGGAUGAAAUCUUUUUCGGAGUUUCUGCUGUUUAUGGAUAGAAAGGAUCUUGCUAGUCUUGUUGAUGUUAGCAAGGUAGAGGAUAAUCACAAAGAAGCAGAAAUUAUCAGAGAACAAAUUUUAGAUCAUAUUCAUAAAAUACAAGAUGAGAUUGAGUCCAGUAUAAUCCUUGAGACAUUUGAGAAGUUUCCACACAUAAAGAGGGAUGUAUUGGAUGGUUUUAUGGCCAGUUCAGGAAAGUCAAGAAAACAAAGAGUUUAUGAUUUUCUGAUGUUUGUCUUGGAAAAUGAUGAAUUUGUUUUGGAAUUUAAGAAGGUUUUGGAGCUAAAUUCAAUGGGACACUUUUUUAAGCCAUCACAAAAAGAGGAAAGGAAGAGACCUAUGAGAUUAGAUGCCCCAGCUGCUAAAUUCAUAGGAGAUCAGCUUUUCAAAAGUAGUUAUGUUAUUCGUACCAAUAAGGGGAAAGAAAUACAAAGCAAAGAAUUGAGUCCCUUAGAAAAAAUAAUCAGUUCCAAAGAAGAUGAGCCACAGCCAUCUAAAACUGAUAGAAAGCACCUUCCAUUUUUACCCAAGGGAGACAAAACAUUGUCUGAACAGAUAUUUGUGUCAAAGUCAUUCCUGGUGGAUCCAGAUGAAUUAAAACCAAAGGAAAAAGAUGUGGUGGUAGCUAUAGACUUUGGAACCACUUACUCUGGCUUUGCAUACUCUUUCUCCACUGAGCCGUCUCUAGUAACGACACAGGAAUGGAAGGCAGAAUCAGUGGACAAGUCCUUUAUGUCACUGAAGACCCCCACCACGCUUCUCUUGGAUGACCAGGAUGAAUUUGUGGCCUUUGGAUACAAAGCAGAGCAAUUGUACAAAGAAUUCGUAGAGGAUGAAAGGCAUACAAAAUACAGAUUUUUUAAGAACUUCAAGAUGACGCUCCAUAAAAAAGAGUCCCUGGAUUCUACUAUGAUGAUUGAGGAUCAUCAAGGAAAACCUUUAAGUGCGAUGGAAGUGUUCGCUAAAUCUCUUAACUACUUAAAAGAGACCUUCUGGGAAUCAAUCAAAUCAAGUGAUCGACCUGUGGAUGAGAAUAAAGUUUUCUGGAUUAUUACAGUACCUGCUAUCUGGGAUGAAUUCUCUAAGCAGUUCAUGAAGAAUGCUGCAGAGAAGGUUGGUAUUCCUAAUGAACGCCUCACCCUUGCUUUGGAGCCAGAGGUCGCUGCUAUUUAUGUUAUAACUGAGGCCAAGUUAGUUCUUCAAAAAUCAACACCAUUCACAAAGUAUGAACCAGGGCAAAGAAUUUUAGUGGCAGAUCUAGGAGGUGGUACUGCUGAUUUUAGUGUGGUAGAAGUAACAAAGGAAUACAAAUUAGAACACCUUCAUUAUGCCAGCGGAGGGGCCUGGGGAGGGAAUGCCGUGAAUAUAGAGAUUUAUAAAAUAUUCACCGAGAUAUUUGGUGAAGAAGUGAUGGGAAGUUUUUGGGAGAUGAAGGCAGAAGUUUUAGAAAUGGAAAAUGAAAUUGAGUUGAAGAAAAGAGACUUGAAGCUUGAAGGCAAAUUAUCAGUUAGAGUGUUACCGGCUCUAGCAAGCUUGUGUGAGGAAAUACGAGGAGAUAGCUAUAAGAAAAUAGUUGCGCAGUCAAAUCUUAAAGAGUCACUGAAAGUGAAAGCUGGUGCAAAGAUUAUAUUUGAAACAGAUCUAACAAAAAGAAUAAUAGACUCUGUGGUAGGUCAAAUUGCAAGACACAUAAAGACUAUUUUAGAAGUCCCCAAGGUUGCUGGUGUAAAAACAAUCAUCCUUGUUGGAGGUUUUGCAGAAUGUGAUAUUGUUCAUAAGUACAUUACCAGGGAAUUUCCUGAAUAUGAUGUUAAAAUUCCUCUUGAACCGGGAUUGGCUGUUUUAAAAGGGGCUGUAAAAUUUGGACAUAAUCAAGGUAUCAUAUCGGCAAGAGUUUGUGAUUACACCUAUGGAAUAGAGACAAACCGUUACCCUUUGGCAACGGAUCCAAAGGACAAGAUUCAGUGGGUUGGAGAUAAACGAAUGUGCAUCGAUUAUUUUGAAAAAAUCAUCAGUAUCGGGGAUAUGGUAAAAGUAGGUGAAGAGAGGCAGACGGAGGUAUUUGCGUCUACUGAGGACAUGACCAAAAUGACCGUAAAUAUUUAUAGAUCACGACAUCCAAAUCCACAAUUCAUCACGGACAAAGGAUGUGAAUUGUUCGGGGAAAUGACAGUAAAUAUGCCAAUAACUAAAGGAGGACAAGAAAGAACGGUAGUGGUGUCUAUGAAGUUUGGUGAAACUGAGAUUUUGUUUUCAGGGCAGGAUAAGACGUCAGGUGAACGACGGGAGCUUACUGUAAAAAUCCAUGCUUAAAUCUUCAUACACAUU